CUAACGAAUCGUCGUCUACGUUGAAUAUCGAGCUUUGUGGAAACUUCAAGGUGUAACUGCGUUUCCUCAUUUUUGUGCGCAAACGUGUUCUGUUUCCCGAUCGGAAAACAAAACGGUCUACUCUUGAUCCUUGAUUUCUUCAGCUAAAUCAAUUAACGAGUACGAUUGGCGAUUGAUGUAUAAAGAACAGGAACCACUUUUGUUGGAAAACAAAUUGGAGUGAACACGCAUCACGUCAGAAGGCACCUACGCCGUGAGUCGUAUUUCGCGCGCAAUAAAGCUUUACCUGAGAGCAUUCGCGUAGGUAGUGUAUGCAGACCAAAAUCAAAUCCAAAAGUAGUAUGAGUCACGCGUAGCUUCGCACUAUUCGUAGGUGGUUGUCUAAACUUUGAUUUACAAUCAAACAUACUAAAGGAUGGUCGACUACUACAAAGUACUCGAAGUGCAACGGACUGCUACUAGUGGUGACAUCAAAAAGGCAUACAGAAAAUUGGCCUUGAAAUGGCAUCCGGACAAGAAUCCAGAUAAUUUAGAAGAAGCGAAUAAGAAAUUCAAGGAAAUUUCUGAAGCUUAUGAAGUAUUGAGUGACGAUAUGAAGAGACGUACUUAUGAUCAACACUUAUAUCAGAAGGCGGCAUCAAGGCCUGGCCGUGGGUUCACCUUCCGGAGUUUCUUUGAUUCUCCUUUUCAACGAUAUUUUGAAAAAAAGAGACGAGUUUAUGAUCAAUAUGGCAAAGACGGUCUUCAAAUGCCUGGAGGUAAACGGCGCCAUGGAGAUGAUUUUGAUCCGCACUUUGCUGGCACGUUCGUCUUUAGAGAUCCUGAAGAAGUAUUUAGAGAAUUCUUUGAUGGUAUGCCAUUCGAAGAUUUGUUUUCCGGUUUUCAUGGUGGUUCCCGGAGAGGAGGUGCAAAUAGACAUAAUUAUUCGACUAAUAAUAGUCUCAGUACUUCUUUCUUUGGGCCUUUUGGACUUAGCUUCCGUCUACCGUUCGAUGAUUUAUUGGAAAAUGCCGGUGCUCCUACAAAUUUCACUUCCUUCGGUACUUUCACUAAUUUCGACGGGAUGAGUGGUGGUACUUCUAUGAAACGUACCAGCACUUCGACUCGUUUCAUUAACGGAAAAAAAAUUACAACCAAGAAAGUUUUUGAGAAUGGGAAAGAGACAAUUAUGUCCUAUGAAGAUGACGUACUCAAGUCAAAGACGGUGAACGGCAUACCACAAUCAAUAACGUUCGACGAAGCAUCGACGAGUCGUCAAAUCUGUGAGAACAUCAACGAUAACACGAUGAGUAGCCAUAGCUCGAACGCGGUGCACAGCGACUAUUUAAAAGCUAGCAGAAUAAAGACGCAUCAUCAUCCGCAUACGAGUAAGAAGCAUGAUAAAAGUAAGAGAAAAUAAUUUUUUUGCCAAGUUCCUUACAUAUUCAAGUUAAAUAUACACUCUUGAUACAUGGUAGACUUGAUUAAUGUAAAUUUCCAUUUUUAUCAUUAUCUCUUUAUCUACUAUUCAAUAUUAUCUAUUAUCCAAUGGAAAUGAAAAAAAAAGUAUUGUUAAAUUAUAUAUAGACUUCCUAAAAAUAAGGUAAUAUUUCUGAUGAGUAACUAAUAAUCUGGCUUAACAUAUCGACAUUAUUCGAGCUCUUGUUAAUAAAAUAUAUUUUCAAAAGACAUCUGUUAACUUUUGGUCUGUAAAAGUAACAAGGCAAAACCUUUUAUCUGCUAUCGUUGGACCGAGAUUAUUUAAUUUUGUAAAAAUAAUCUCUGAGUUUAUUUAAGUAGCGUAUGUGACAGCACGAUCGCUUACCUUGCGAAUUGAAUUCUACAACUUGCGGAUAAUCUUAGUUCAUGUCCAUCUAGCCACAGAAUGUAACCAAUAUUUCUUGCUAAUUUAAACCUCCAUUAAACAUAGGUUGUCAUAAUUGAUGAUUUAUGAUAUUCAAAUAAUAAAAAUGCCUUAUCUCAUAUUGGUUAAUAAUAGUUAAAAAUAAUUUAUUUUUCAUCGCUGCGUAUUAUUGUCACUGGUUAGCGUUAUUUACUGACUUAAGUUACAACUAAAUGCUGUUAAAACUUUGUUAGAUAUAAUGAAUUCAAUUGAAUGUUUCCUUUGAUUAGUUAUUUACAUAUGUGUACAUAAUGAUAAGAAUGUUAUAGAAAUACAUUAUUAAUAUACAUUAAUGUCACAAACAUAAAAUUCCAAUAUAAAGCUAUGCAAAUAAUAAAGGUCAAAUUAUGAUUAUUUAU